UGUUGUUACUGGUUGGGAGGGAAGAGAGAGAAAGAGACACACACAGAGAGAGUUGAGUCGUGUCCCAUAUGUGGAAAAAAAGCAUAGUACUGCACACACAAGCCUGUCUGCUCCAGGGAUUAUCUAACUGCUUUUGAAUCUGACGUGGAAAAUGCAGGCAUGAGUAGGAACACAUUUGUUUGAGUCCCAAUGUGAGUGCAGGCCAGCGAUGGACUACAGCCGUACAGACGCUAACCUGGGUUUGACCGCAGAACUGUUACCGUAAUCGAGACCAGAUCCACAGAAUGCUGAGUCCCAUUGUUCCCUAUAGCCUAUUGAAGAUGCACUGGAACCCGGAGCAUGCACAGCCCCUGAGCCAGUGGCCUGAGCAGCAUUUGGACGUGUCCUCCACCACCUCAUCCCCGGCCCACAAGCCUGAGCUCUACCCCAGCCGCAGCCGUAGCUCCUACAGCUAUGCCUGGGCAAAUGAUGACAUCUCAGCCCUUACUGCCUCCAACCUGUUGAAGCGAUACGCUGAGAAAUACUCUGGCAUGCUAGACUCACCGUACGAACGCCCUGCUGUGGGCACAUACCCUGAGCCUGGAGCCUUUGGGGCUCUUAACGGAGGCCAAAAAAGUGAACUGGAGCCUUGGCCUCUCACGCACAGCACUGACGGGGGAUAUCCCUUGGUGCCUCCUUCCUCUCAUGAUGGUCUAUCGGGACAAAAGGUGGUUCCCACAUCAGCAGGCCAACCAGGCUCGGGCAACGUGUCAGCAGUUAACAUCAACCUUUCGGACUCAGGAUACAGUGGGAGCAGCUCCUGCAGUGGGCCCCAUUCCAGUGACUACCCGCCCAGUUACAAUGGCACCUACCUCUCAUCAGGGUACUGUCCCCAACCCAGUUCAGCACUUCCACCAGCCUCAUUACAUGCCCUUCAGCCUAGCCCUACACUACUACCCAGUUACACACCUUCCACCCCUGUAUACAACUACCCCCCUAGCACCUACUCUCACCAGACUAGCCUUGCUCCUAGCUACAUCCAUCCAACAGCCACUUACAUGCCCACGGGCAUAGCCGCCCCCUCUCCACUUCCAUCAAGACCCACAGUGGUUGGUGGCAAUUAUGUAUAUCAGAACAGUAGUUUAGGGGGAUCAGAGACUGGGGGCUCUCUGAAGAGAAAAGCAUUUGAGAUGACCCUGGAUGAGGAAGAUGGAGACAGUUCACGCUAUAGGAAAUAUAGCUAUGACCCCAUAAAAACUGGGGGAGAUUCUCCAUAUGGGGUCAGUGAAAAAGCUGAGUGCCGUGGAAAUGGCUUCGGAAUGGGCAACACAGAUCCUCAAGCAUUUAAGCCUAGUAAACCUUCAUCUCAGUCAAGCCUGGAAGGAGAGGAAGUGGGGAAGUACAGUGGGCUAAAGCCAUUGGUUUCACCAGCGUAUGGAGCCGCAGGGGAUUACAGUCCACCCGCAGCCAUGACUGGGGAGAAUGGAGGGGCGGAGCAAGACUUCUCCCAGCAUCAUUCUCAGAAGCGCUCCGAUCCAGUGAAAAGCAUGGAGCCCCGAAUGCUGGAGCUAGUAAGCCAGGAACUUCAAGAUUGCAGCCCAGCUUUGCUUUGGAGUGAACUAGCUGGCAACUGUCACAUCAAAGCAGCACUGGAGGAGGACGUGCUGUGGCCUGUCCUGCGACCCAACCCUGCCAUCCGCCCACCCAGAACUGUCCUGCUGUUUGGCCCUCAAGGAGGGGGCAAAGCAACACUGGUAAGAUCCAUGGCAUCUCAACUGGGUGCUAGCUUCUAUAGGCUGAGUUGCGCAACUUUGGCCUCUAAACUGAAAGGAGAAGCAGAGCAACUUCUUGUCACUCUGUUCUCGGUAGCAUCAGCCCGACAACCAGCUGUGGUUUUGCUCAGCGAGGUGGAGGCCGUUGAGGAGGAAGGUCUCAGACAGCAACUGCAGGCCCAGCUAGAGAAGAUUCAACAUGGUCAGAGCAGCUUGGUUCUGGUUGUGUGCACCACAAGACGGCCUGAUUUGAUCAAAGAUUCCCUCUUGCGCUGCUUCUCCAAGCGUUACCACAUAGGCCUGCCAGAUGGAAGCACACGCAGACAUGUGCUUCUGCAGGCGCUGGCGCCCCAAGGCUUCACUCUGGGUGAAAGGGAGAUGUCAGCAGUACUGCAGCGUUCAGAAGGCUUCUCUGUCUGGGAGCUGCUGCAACUCUGCCAGCAGGCCCUGGCGUCAGCUGCUGCCUCUGCACCCGUGCCCUUGCAUGGUCUCUCUUCAUCCCUUUCUUCCCCUACCCUCCAAGACUUUGAAAAUGCUUUCUGUAAGGUACGCCCUCACAGCACCCCCAAAGAACUGGACACUUGUAUGGAGUGGAGCAAGGUUUAUAGCCACUGAGAACCUAGUCAACCACUGGUUGGAGACUGCUAAAUGCUUUUCUUUCUUUCUUUCUUUCUUUCUUUCUUUCUUUCUUUCUUUCUUUCUUUCUUUCUUUCUUUCUUUUUUUUUAACUACUUGCAGCCAAAAGAGUGGGACUUGAAAUUACAGUCUAUGGUGGGGUGGCAUUUUGGAUUUAAUGUGUUUAAUCUAGGGAAUAUGCCCAGGGUGUGUUGUUUUUCUAUAAAUAUACAUAUACUUUAUUUUUUUCCCAAAGAAAUUAAAUACUAGGCCUUUCUUGAAGGGGCAUUUAGUAGUUGCUUGGCAUAUCUGAUAGAAAGACUGAAUUAUAUUUGGGAAUUCCACUGGGAUUCCAAUUAGCCUUGAUCCUGGACUAAACCUGGAGGCUUUUCCCCCAUUAAAAACAUCUCUCAGGAUCCUAUUUAUUGCCAGUCCACUCCAAUGGUGUUGUUUUAUUUGCGUUGAUUUGUUUUAAGAUCAUUUGGUGUUAAAGGGCUUAGGAUAUAUCAAAACGACUUUGUUUGUACCAAAAAUGCUCACCAACAUUAUAAUGUCCAAGUCGCAGCAUUCACCAAAAUGUAUUUACUGUUAUGCAACUCUAAGGGAAGAAAGCAACAGUAUUUUACAAAAUUGAUUGUUAGGCCACGUUCAUAUCUUGUGCACUUUGUCAAAAUGGUCAUUUUACCAAAAGCGUAUGCAUUGCUACCCAAAAAGUAUUAAAAUGCUAAUCCCUAGAAAGUCAGAUAAAAGAAAGGCUUCUUUCUGAACACUUUUUUAAAGGUAAUAAAAAAUGUACCAAAUACAACAAUAUAUAAACAGCCCAUCACAUUCCUCACAAUCUCGUGAGAGCCUUUGCUUAGGACCCUCAAACACAAAAACAAGGGUCCAUGAAUGACUAUUUUCUCUCUUCUGCUUUACUAAGUUUAUUUUAUUAGAAUAUGUAGUCAUGUUUGAAAUACUCAGGAAGAAUCUCUUUACCUCAGAAAUUAUAAAUAAAGAAUGUAUGUAAUCUUAGGGUCUUAGUAGUAGCAUUGAGGUUGGAGGUGAGCAACAGACCUGACACAGACCUGAAUACACACUGCAUCUGUGCUGUUACCUCCUAGGUGAAACUUGAAAUGCUACAAAGACAAACAAUGAAUGUAAUUCAGGUAUUUCAGAGAAAACCUGAUGCCAUAAAUCCAUGUUUUUAACUCUUUAUGAAAAAUUUCCCCUUAUCCUUACCCUUUAUUUUUUAUGUAGAUUUUUGAUGGAGUGAUGAUUGUCUUCAUGAAGUGUUAAUGUAGAUGGCAAACAAGACGUUUGAUUUUGUUGGACAAACUGUUUUCAGAAACCAAGGUAUAAAGCAUAUGACAGUGUCCUUUUAAAACAACCAAUGUAAGUACUUGAGGAAAAAAAAAGGAAACAACCCAAAGAUCAGUAUAUAUAUAUAUUUGGCAGCUAAUCAUGUCUAAUUAUAAAUGUGUUAUACCAUCAUGUAUAAUAUAUGAAAAGGAACACGCUCAACAUGUAGACAAUCCAGAGGGAGCAGCCUGUACCAAUGUCUAAAAUUUUCAGAUUUUUUGUUUAUAAGGUACAUAAAAGUUGCAUGGAGUGAUCAGGUGUCUUCAAAUCAUCACUGCUGAAGAAAAUGAGAUUGAGUUUAUUUAUAUUGUCUGUAGACUGGCUUUUGUGGAUUUUAAAAUUUUGAUCAACUGUGAUGUAACAGCUGCUGAUCACUCCUUAGCCCCAGCACACCCCAUGCUCUUAGCACAAUGGUUUGUCCCCUUGAUUGCUGGCCCUGUACAGCCAUGUGGUGAGCCGAUUUCCCAUCCCCCGUUCCUCUAUCUUACACACGGUCUUUUGGAGAAGCCAUAUUCUGACUGAUGUCUAGUAACCCUAUAGCACUGUUGGGUUCUUCAAGUAAAGCUGGUGGCUUCACUCAUGCCACACAGGUCAAUCAGAAUGACCCUAGGAGCACAUAUUGAUCAUUGUCGAAGAGAUAAAACCUGCAGAACCUGGCAGACUCAGGGACAUCCAAUGUAUACAAAUCUUGUGUAGAAAAAUACAGCACCCGUUUCCAUAAAUUCAAACCAUUUUUAUUCAGAAAUCAUAGGCAAAUACAGAGACUUGGCUGAUUUCAAAACAGGAACACAAAGAUACAGUUUGUCCAACAAAAUUGUCAUUAAUUAGCUGUUUUGAUCUAUUAGUACAGUAAAUUUGUUCUUGGAUCUUGUUCUUGUACAUUUUCUGUAACCAUUUCUACCUCAUUUUUGCAGCAUAUUGUACAUGAAAAUAUUCAUUUCAUGUCUUUUUUUGAUGUCUGUUAUAAAAAUGAUAAUGUUCUUGAACUGUAAUGGUCUACCUCAGAAAAGACUGUAUUUAAAAAAAAAAGUAUUACACAAUAUUAAAGAGAAUAUGUCAAAAA